ACUCAAGGUUCUGGAAGUUUUCCCUAAGAUGUUGAAAUAAAGAACGGAGUCAUUUAACUUCAUCAUAGCUAGUGCUUUUUCAGCAUGUGCACAGGUGCGUUAUUUUCAUUUAGGGUCACCAAUUCAUGGGCAGAGAAUGAUGAUCCAUGUUAUGGUCCAGAAAUCUUCUGUGACUGUGUAUGCCAAGUGUGGUUAUCUAGAGCAAAGUUGUGCUGUUUUCAGAGGAUGGAAAGAGAGAUUUAGUUCUUGGAAUGCAGUAAUAGCUGGGUAUGCUCAGACAGAAAUGGCCAUCUAUAGAAGUGCAUCCAUUGGGGCUCUCAAUCAGGGGAAGUGGCCUCAUAACUUUGUAAUUCAAAAUUUCCUCUGGUCUUGCACCCUGUUACUUGGUAGACACAGCUCUAGCGGACAUGUAUUGUAAAUGUGGUAAUUUAGAUGCUGCCAGUAGGUGCUUUAAUGUGAUGUUGCAUAGCAAUCUGAUCUCUUGGACCACAAUCAUUGCUGGAUGUGGUAGUCAUGGGAAAAGGAGACAACUUUGAGCAUGUACUUGUAGUUGCUGCAAUUGGGGAUGGAAUCAAACGAGGUGCUCUUCCUUUCUUCUUCUUCUUCUUCUUCUUCUUCUUUUUGCCUGCAGCUUUGAUGGCCUUAUCAUUUGGCAGUGUUUCAAUGUGUAAGAUCAUAUUUUCCUUGUGUCUUUACAAUUAAUGAUCAAAUCUAUUUGGAAUGGACAAAGAUGUGACUGAGAGAAGGGAUAAAAGGACAUCAGUGUUUGCUGCGGCAUGUCUGCUUGCCUGCCAGCUGAAGUAGUCAAACAGUUAUCCAUGGGAGUUAAUGUGCCAAGUUUGGGUAGAAUAACCAUGCUAUGCAGCUAUUUAUUGCAGGACAGAUGUGCAUGCAAAGCAACCAAGUCAAGGAGAGGAACUCCUCACUCUUGUUUGGUUGGCAAUGAAUCAUCUGGGCCUCCGAACUCACUUUUCCAAAGAGGUUACAGGGAGCCGCAAGACAUUCAGCAUUGAAGUUGUACGUUUACAAAAUGAAAAAUGAAAAUAAGGCAUUCGUGUUUGCUUUCUGUAUGUCUUUUUCUGUUGUCUUUCUUUAAGCGGUCAUCUUAUGUUCAUUUUGAAAAACUUAAUGCUUCAUUGGAUUAUGUUUAGUUGUAUUUUCAUUUGUCAGAUGUAGUUCUUCUCAACAGAACUUGAAUUGCUUCCUGUUUGUUUUUGGAUUCUUCAUAUAGAUAUUUUUUAUACUUCAUACUUGGCUCAAAAAUAUAAUCAAUUUCGAAGU